GUUUGUGACCGUCUGUCUUUACUCUUGGCCUAACCUCUUGCGCCGCACUCUGUUUACUACUUUUACCUUAGCCCACUGAACCCUAGAGCCCACACCCCCUAAAAUCUCCUCCUCUUUCAUCAGAAAAAAAAAGAAAAAAACAUUGUUCUUUCCACCAUGGAUUCUGUACCAAAUCGUCAUCACCAGGCAUCCUACGACAACCUCGAUUAUGAGGUUGAUAUGGAGCUGGAAGGUGAUGAGGAUUCUACCUCUUCCCCCUCCAUCGCCGGUGAGGUGACCAUAGCGGUCGCCGGCGUGUCCACAGGAGAUUCCGGAGCUGGAAUGAUGAAUCCGGGAAAACGCCCUAGGAUUGACGACUUCGCCAUUCCGGUCAUUCUUCCCGGAGCGGUAAAGAAGCCAUCUGCUGCUUUUGAUGAGUCUCGCAAGCUUUUUCAGAGGCUUUGGACGGAUGAGGAUGAAAUUGAGUUGUUGCGGGGAUUUCUGGAGUACACCACCCAGCGUGGCCUGAACACUUCUUCCCCGCAGCACCAUUACGAUACCACCGCAUUUUACGAGCAGAUCAAGUCGAAAUUCCAGCUGGAUUUCAACAAAAACCAGCUUGUGGAGAAACUCCGCCGACUGAAGAAAAAGUACAGGACUGUGGUGAGCAAGAUGGGAUCUGGCAAGGACUUUGUUUUCAAAAGUGCUCAUGAUCAGGUAACUUUCGACAUCUCUCACAGGAUCUGGAGUACUGGAGGCUCUUAUGCCCGCAGCAGCCCUGGAGGCUCUGUUGGUUUCUCCGCCCCACCGCUAGAAGAUGGUGGUGUUGGAUUGGGAUUGGAGGAUGAUGAGGAUGUUAACCCUAACCCUAAUCCUGAUUCAAUUGUCCUUUAUCAUAGCCCUAAGUUUAAUCUUAACUCUAACCCUAAUGGAAUUGCCAUCAAAACUCCAAGAUCACAGAAAAGGUCCCCAGUACCUUUAGAAGCUGUUAAAGUUGAGCAUCAGCCUUAUCAGCCACCUGGGGUCCGCAUUAAUGUGCAAAUGCCGGCCACAAACUCCAACCCGGUGGCAGCUGCCCCUGCUGCACCACCAGUGUCUGGAGUUGCUGCACCACAGGUGUCUGGAGUUGCUGCACCACCGGUGGCUGGAGUUGCUGCAUCAGCUCCCACCACGGUGGCUGCUUCUGUGCCGAACCUGAUUGAGGAAACAGUGAGGAACUGUGUAUCACCAAUUUUCAAGGAGCUGGUGAACAAUGUGGCCAAUUUGAAUGGGUCUGCUAGAGGGUUUGGGUUUGGCUUUGGAGGAAUGGGGAUGAGUCCAAUCCCACUGGGGCUGGGGCAGGGGCUGGGACUGGGACUGGGGUUUGGGGGAGGUGCAAUGAGCAUGGAAAUGAUGGGGGAUGAGAAAUGGAGGAAGCAGCAAAUGCUGGAGCUGGAGGUUUAUUCGAAGAGGUUGGAAUUGGUUCAGGAUCAGGUGAAAGCACAAUUGGAGGAGCUGAGAUCAAUGGGAAGUAACAAUUGAAAAUGUUGCUUUUCUAAUGUAUACAACUUAUUGAAAUAAUUCUAGUUGAUAAUUUUACCCCAGGUUGUUAAUGACAGUGGAUGGUUUAGGUGGAUGGUUUAGCUUUUGGUUGCUAAAUAAUGACUUCUAAUUAGUUUUCAGUCAGCUGCUUGUUUGCAGACUUUGAUGCAAUAUAGAUGUUUCGUCUAUUUUGUAAAUAGAAAUGGAAAUGAUAGAAAGACCAAAAUGUUGGGUUAGUGUCAUUCUUGAUGUCUCUGAUUUAAAUGCUUGCUGCUCUGCA